AUGGGCGCGCAGUACUGCUCCUGGUUGCUGCGCUUCCUCCUGCCGUCGCUGUGGGAGGCGGAGGUCGCCAUUUCCGCCGCGGCGCUCCUGGCCACCGUGGCGCUCCUCGUCGUCCUCGAGCAGACCGCGUCGAGCACGAGCGCCACCUCCUCCCCGCCUUCUUCCGCAGCUGAAGCCUGCGGCCGGGAUAGCCGGUGCCGGAGACAGAGGCGGAGCCGCCGCACAAAGAGAAGCAAGGCCGCCGAGCCUGGACUCGUUGGCGAGAUCGAAAUCGUGGCUGACAGCUCUCCCUCUCGGGGCACCACCACCGUGUACGUGAUCAAGGUGGAGCUUGUGUCCGCCAAGUACCUGAUCGGCGCCAACCUGAACGGGACCUCCGAACCUUACGCCGUCAUCUCCCUCGGCGACCAGAAGCGCUUCAGCUCCAUGGUGCCUAGCCCGAGAAAUCCUGUGUGGGGCGAGGGAUUCAACUUCCUGGCCGGAGAGCUACCAGCCGAGGUAACCAUAACAAUAUAUGACUGGGACAAUGUAUGCAAAUGCAAAGUUAUCGGAUCUGUAACUUUAGCUAUUCUCGGCAAAGACGAAACAGGAGCUACUUGGUACGACCUGGACAGCAGAUCUGGUCAGAUCUGCUUGCGCAUUAGCUCAGUGGAGGUGCUUCCAACUUCUGAUAGCAUUGCAUACUCAUCUGAACCGACAGAUUGCCUCGUCUACUUGCAGAUUGUUCACCACAGUUAUUCGUGUGCUCUGGAAAGGUCCUUCUUGCACUGUGGGCGUAUGUGCAUCUCCUCAUGGCAUCUCUGCUUCCACUCUAACGUAUUCGUCAAGCAAUUGAAUGUGAUUAUUCCAUUACAAGACAUAUAUGAGAUAAGGAGGAGCCAGCAUUCCCUUAUAAACCCAGCUAUUACUAUAUUUCUUCAUACCGGUGCAGGUGGUCAUGGAGCACCUACAAUGUGCUGCCAAAAUGGAAGCAUCAGGUACAAGUUCACAUCCUUCUGGAACAGAAACCGUACAUUUCGAGCUCUAGAGGCAGCAUUACAGAGUUACCGAGCAACCUUGGAUGCUGAAAAGCAGGUGAGAUCACAUUUGCUUCCUAAAGGAGAAAGUAUGAAUGUUAUUAGCAGCAGAACAGACAACAUAAAGACAGAGGACAGAAGCAUUGAACUGGCUAUCACAUACCAACCAUUCAUCAAUGAACAUGUUCUUGUAGAUGUAACCAGUGAUACCUUCCCUGGUACAGCUGAGAAGUUUUUCACUGUGAUACUAGGUGACAAUGCAAUGUUUUUUCAGCAGUACCGAGAUGCACGAAAAGAUACAGAUUUAAAGCUGAGUAAGUGGCAUGUCUCAGAUGUGUACGGUGGAAAUUUCCGUGAAGUAACUUUCAGGUCGCUGUGCAACAGUCCUCUGUGUCCUCCGGACACUGCAGUAACAGAAUUGCAGCAUGCUUCUUUCUCGAAGGACAAAAGAAACUUGAUCUACGAAACAAAGCAGCAGGCACACGAUGUCCCAUUUGGCUCUUACUUUGAGAUCCACUGCAGGUGGUCUCUAAGAACGACCUCUAGUUCAACAUGUCAAGUGGAUAUAAAGAUUGGUGUCAACAUGAAGAAAUGGUGCAUUUUGCAAUCAAAAAUAAAAUCAGGAGCAACUGACGAGUACAGGAGAGAAGUUUGCAAGAUUUUGGAGGCUGCUAGUGAUUAUACCCUCAGAGCCAAGUCAAAUGGCCCAGCAAGUGACGAUACUGUGGCGAUAUCCUCGGCAUAA